AGAGUUAACGUCCGACUGUAUUCGGAUAAGUCAAAGACGGAACCGAAGCGUUGUUCUGUCCUUUUUCCCAGGAUCUCUUGUAGCCAUCGCUUCCUGCAAAAGAUUUCGCACUCGAUAUGUCCCUUGAUUAAAAAACUACCCUCAGAGAAAAAUUGAGAUAAGCACAAUCCAUUCUUUCGCGAGAAAAAUGCAUGGGUUCGAUUUCAAAGAGAUUCAGGAGAAGGUCUCCGACAGCUUUCGUCCAUGGCAACGAUCCUUUCAAUUCUGGGUUCGAGCUACCAAUAUCUACACUGGUUACAAGGUCUCUCUUCGAUGUUGUGCCAACUUCGAGUGAGUUUGGUGAAAGAUGCGAAGAAACAGGAGCAAAUGUGGGAGAGGCAACACGAACAAGCCGCUGACAAAAUCUACUUUAUGUGUUCUGAUCUUGGCGGAUUCUUCCUUAAGAUUGCUCAACUUUUAGCAAAACCUGAUAUGGCUCCAGCUGCGUGGGUGAGAAAGCUUGUCACUUUGUGUGAUCAAGCUCCAGCGACGCCAUUCGAUGCGGUUCAACGUGUUCUGGAGAAGGAGUUAGGUCAAUCCAUUGAUGAAAUCUUUGAAACUUUUGAUGAAAAGCCUCUUGGCUCAGCUUCCAUUGCUCAGGUUCACAAAGCAAGAGUAAAGGGUAACAAGAUGGAUGUUGUUGUAAAGGUUCAACAUCCUGGCAUCGAGAAGUUGAUGAUGACAGAUAUAAGAAACUUGCAACUAUUCGCCCUAUACGUGCAGAAAACAGAUAUCAAAUUUGACCUGUACUCUAUAACUAAGGAAAUGGAGACACAGAUUGGUUAUGAAUUUGACUUCAAAAGAGAGGCCAAUGCUAUGGAAAGAAUUCGACAUUUUCUAUAUAAGAACAACAAGAAAUCUCCUGUUAUAGUUCCAAGGGUUCUGCGAGAUACAGUGACUAAGAAGGUUCUGGUGAUGGAAUACAUAAAUGGGAUUCCGAUCCUGAGCCUUGGUGAUGAGAUGGCUAGAAGAGGGAUAAAUCCUCAUGGUAAGAUUGCAGAGGCAGCAAAGCAGAAUAUACUUAACAGUUUAUCCCGUGCAUAUGGCCAAAUGAUACUGAAAAGUGGUUUCUUUCAUGCGGAUCCACAUCCUGGAAACAUCUUGAUUUGUAAUGGUCCAGAGGUUGCACUGCUAGACUAUGGGCAAGUGAAGGAACUCCCUGACAACUUGAGACUUGGUUAUGCCAAUUUAGUCAUUGACAUGGCUGAUAACAAUGCUUCACGAGUAGCACAGAGCUUUAGGGAACUUGGUUUGCAUACGGUAGCCAAGUGUGAGAACGAGCAGCAAGAACUUCUACGUUUAGCACAAACACUUUUUGAUACAAAGAUGCCAGCUGGUCAGACAGUUUUGCAACCUUUCGCAGAUGACUCCUCGAUUAAAAAGAUAGCUGUUGAGGCAUUUCCGGAGGAACUGUUCUCUGUGCUACGUACUGUAGUACUGUUAAGAGGACUGAGUGUAGGGAUGGGAGUAAACUAUUCUUGUGCAGAACAGUGGAGAUCAAUGGCUGAAGAAGCUUUACUUGCAUCUAGAAGAUUGACAAGAGAUGUAAAAGGAACAUCUCGGAGACGGGCCUCUCUUCGAAGCCUGCGGGCAGGACGCUAGGAGCCGGGCUUGAGUUUUUUUUUCAUCGUCUUUCUUUUAUUUCUCUCGAUAACUUGUUUAUUUUAAUUGACAUUAAGUAUGCAUUAUAUAUAUAUAUAUAUAAGCGGUAGUAGGAUAUAAGAUUUGUUCUAUUCAACGUUUAUAAACUCAAUAGUCAAUUACAUUAAAACC